AUGUACUCCUCCCCGGGCUGGGCGGUCGCGCCGGCAGUCUCCACACCCGCCGCGCCGACUAUGUCGCACGGCGCCACACUCUUGUCGGUCAUGUUCCUGCUGUUUCUGACCUUCGCUCUCGUGAUCUUCUUCCUCAAAUACUACUUCAAUACCAACUUCCGGCCGGGGCCGAACGGUGGCGUGGUGGCGGCUGGAUACAAGGGCGCCGUCCCCUCGCUGCCAAUCACGGUGUACCGCGCGGCGGUGCCAAAGGGCUCCACCGCGGAGGACGUGAGGGUGGAGUGUGUGGUGUGCCUGUCCGAGCUCGAGGACGGGGAGGAGGCCAGGUUCUUGCCCCGGUGCGGCCACGGGUUCCACGCCCAGUGCGUCAACACCUGGCUGGCAUCCCACUCCACCUGCCCGCUCUGCCGUGUCACCGUCGCCAAGCCCGACGCGUUGCUCAAGGCGUCGACGAGUCUCCCUCCCGUAUCGCCCGAGCAGGCGAACUAUGCUGCGAACCUGCCGGCGAGUGUGCUGCUCGGGGUUUCAGACCAGGCCACGCUCACCGCGGUGACGUCCGUGACCUCUGACGAAGGCCAGCCGAGACCCUCCGGCCUGGCCACGGAAGAAGUGCUGGUGAUCGACAUUCCGGAUUCGAGGACGCCGGCGACACCGCGCGACGCGACCAAGACGCCGAGCUCGCCGAGCCUCAGGACGCUUAGGAGGCUGUGGAGCUUUGGGCAAGGGCCGUCGGGGCCGACUCCAUCCUGUUGCUGGGGAACAGGCAGCGGAUCACCAGGCGCUGAGCAAGUUAUUAACAUCGCCUGCGCAACCCCGAGAGCGCAGCUAGUGUAG